AAAACCAAAUCAGUGUGAUUUCAAUAUCUUCUUCACUUUUCUAGUUUGUACUCAUCUUGUUUCAGAUGAGUUUUUGUAGGUUGCUCACCCUUGCAUUUUCAACCUGUUUUUUAAAAUGUUUUGCAGUCUAUUCACUGUCUACAAUUUUUGUGUUGAGUAACUUAUUCUUAAAUUGAAGCAUGAGAUGCCUCUGUUUGGGUCUUUCUUUAAAAAGGAACACUACUAUGAUCCUGAGGGUAAUACCGGCUUCAUUUCAUGGAGGAUCAAGACGGUUCAACGCAACACCUUUGCUGGCUUGCGGGGUCGUUCCAAGACCGUUCUUCAGGAUGGUCCAAAAACCAGGCGAGAAUCUCUGUCAACCUGCCAACAGCUAUUUGGUGAGGAGUGCAGGGAGGCGAUAUCUACAAUAAGACAUUCCAGCGAUGAAUCUGUGGUCAAAGAGAAGAUGAGAGCGACUUUCCAGUAUCGACAGAAGAUGGUUGGGGAUGAUGCAUCAUCUUCAGUCCUGGAUGUGUUCCCUCGUUUUCUUGAUGUACCUGGAUUGAUCGACCAGGAUUUCUCAAUGAUGUUUGGUGACGAAGUGUCUCAGAAGUUCCUGUCCAAGUGGUCAACUUUCUUCAAGCCAAACAUCAUCACAGACUGCAAGACUGCAACGAAUAUGGAUGAGUUGCUGUCAGCAACUGAAUUUGAGUCUGAAGAGAACAAUGGAUGGGACAGUGAUAUGUCUUCAAUCCUUUUGCUGCUGCAGCUACUCCCUCCAACUUCAAGGGGCCAGAAAAAAACUGCCAAGAUCAGUUCAGCUCAAGCAACCAGCCAUCUUGUUAGAUAUCUUAAGGAAGGAGCCAGUAUUACUACCUUCCUUGAGAGUGUCGACGCAAGACAACCGUUCCUCCUUUGCAUCGGUGAGCAAAAGAAGAAUAUCCAAAGGUUCUACCUUAUUAUCGACCGAAAACCAAUCCCGUGCAAGGCACACACAUCAGUAGCAGCUUUUGAUGAACUGUUCAAAGCUCACUACGUCUUCAGUCUCUCAUAUGACGAAGCUCUUUGUAAUUUUUACACAUUCAUCCAAACCACUAUAUACAACAUCGAUGUCGGAAGAGCAAAGGAGAGCCCGCGUGUUAAAGAACUCCGAGCACGACUGCUGCAGCGAAGUGCUGUAACCGAUAAACAGCCUUGAAGAUGUUCACGUGUUUUGUCUGUAAAACACACCACAAAACGUGUGUGGUUCUUUGCCAACAUUUAAAAUUCCAACAUGGUUUAUAUCCUGGCAAAAAGUUGCGUUUAAAAUGUGGAGAGCUCCAUUGCCCAUUAUCAUUUUGUACUUAUAGUGGCUUCCGAAAGCACCUCACCAAGGUGCAUAGUCAGGUUGAUCAAGAGAUUGAUAUUGUUCAUGAUGUUUCUACUCAGCGAGAAUGUGAGGCGGAAUGUUCAAGUGAUUCCCCAAAUGUUGUUGCCACUUUGCAAAAGUCAGAAAGCUCUGUUGAUACAAGUCAACUAUCGUCAAUGUGUGGAUCAAUUGUUGCGCAUUUGCAAGCAUCAGGUCUCUCUGAAAGUGCUGUCCAAACGAUUGUUUGUUCAAUGGAAGAAGUUGUCAAUGAUGUUAAAAGUGAGGCAAAAAAUGCUGUUCUUAAAACAAUGUCUUCUGAAAAUACAAGUUCAGACACUCCAGGAUCCAGAAUAGAUAAUUGUUUUGAUCAAUUAGGUAAUCCUUUUACAGCAUUAAACACAGAGUCAAAAAGGCGUAAAUAUUAUAAUGAAAAAUGGGAAAUAGUUGAACC